UGUUAACAACGGGUCGUCGACUAGAAAUGCUAACAAAACCGAUGGUCAGCCUAUCGGUGGAUGUAGUGUAUUGGAUGGCAUGCGAGCGUUGAUCAACUUUUACAUGAUGUACAUGCAUACUAUGUAUGCGUUAGUGUUUAAACUGACCGAGUUCAAAACAGCGAGCAAUAAUCACCAGGCAUUUUUUGCGGUCGUUGUUUGCCAUAGAAUAAUAAUGGUGUUCGCAUUCAUGUCCAAUGGAUUCGCAGCAAUGAAAUGGUUUACACGACAAUUGAUGCUCAAAGACACGAAAUUGAGUGUGCAUGAUGCCCCAUUGGUCAAAUAUGGAAUUUCAAAAAAGGAGUUCUUGGUUGAAAAUACAACCAUGGGCUUAUUUCACGUCAAGCCAUUAACCUAUGGCGCAGCAUAUCUCAAUGGGCUAAUAUUAGCAUGUUUAGUUGAUCAUGGUUAUUCGGCAAAAAUAUACCAAAGUGGAUUAGCUGCUAAAACGUGUCUAACCUUAGGCCUUGUUGUGGUGACAAAUACACUAAUCGGAUACCACAGGGGAACUGAACUGUUGGGUGAGCUCCCGGUGUUCAGCGCGUGGGAAAAGGGUUCAACCGACUUAUGCCUAUCAUUGCUAUCGUGUUAUGCCGUUAUAUACGCGCGCGAAAGUGGGGGCCGUUUAACACGUUUCCUGUCGACCCGGUAUUGGCGGCCAAUACGGGCCGCACAACAGACCACAUAC